AUGGUUGACGUACUUGGAACACAAGAGAACAUUGUUGUAAUGGAUUCGAAAACUAUCCAAAGUGGUAAUGUUGCCGAAAGUGAUGGUCAAUACUCCAAUUUGCCUCUUUAUAAUAACAAUUUGGCCUUAUUAUGGGGAGUCACUCUAAGAGGUCAUGAAAACCAAUCAUAUGGGAUGGAAAACUAUUUCAUGCUCAAAAGAAACAGUAAACAAUCCAGAAUUGCCAGUUUCGCCUUCAAUAUCACCGUCAAAUGGCAAUUAGAUUUGGAUAGUGUUGCUGGCUUUGAUGAAGGGUUUUUGAAUGGGCUUUCUGGAAGUGAGGUCUACCUCACCAAUAUCAAUGAAGGG